UCGACAGAAAUCAAGCUCGCUAUGUUAUCCUCACUACACCCUCUUAUAGAACAGGAAACUCUCCUUGAUGUACUCCUGGCGCACGACGGCUCCGUCAGCCAUGCUUCAGAGUCACUCAAGUCAUUUCGCCCUGCGGCGAGAAAAAGUGCCGUCAUAGGACACCAAAGAUCCCUAAGACAGUACACAAACUCCGCUACCACAAACACUGAUGGAUCGUCACUACCACCCAAGAAGAAGGCAAAAUCAAAAAAGGGAAGCACGUUGCAUUUGUAUGACCCAGAAGACGUGGCAGACCACACUCCAUGUACCAUUAUGCACAACUUCCUCCCAGCUGAACUGGCGGAUGAGCUCCUAAGAGAACUAUUACACGAGGCCGAAUCAUUCGAGAAAAUCACCUUCAAACUGUUUGACAACAUCGUUACUAGCCCGCAUACAUCGUGCUUGUUUCUCGAGUCGUACGAAAAAAUCCAGGAGCAAAGACAUGACUACUACUACAACGGAGGCAUGCUAGAUGAUGUACGCAAGCUCACGCCGACGCUCGCCAAGGUGAAGCCCAUCGUCCAGGAGACAGUCAACGAGCAAAUCCAAAGCCGCAUCAAAACUCGGUAUCCUGGGGGCAUGAAAUUGAAACAUCAGCCAUCCAAGCCAUGGGUGCCCAAUGCUGCAUUUGUCAAUUGCUACGCCGGAGCCCAACAGAGCGUGGGGUGGCACAGCGAUCAUCUCACAUACCUGGGCCCCCGAGCCGUCAUCGGGUCCAUCUCCCUAGGCGUCGCAAGGGAGUUUCGUGUGCGCAAGAUUCUACCGCGAGAUGCAGACACGAAACGUUCAGAUGAUCCAGACGGCGAAGGCCAGAUAUCCAUCCACUUACCCCAUAACUCCCUCCUCGUCAUGCACGCGGAGAUGCAAGAGGAGUGGAAGCAUUCCAUCUCACCGGCCUUGUCCAUUGAUCCGCAUCCAAUUUCUGGGAACAAGCGCAUCAACAUCACCUACCGAGAUUAUCGCCCGGAGAUGCAUCCGUCCCUGACUCCAAGAUGCCAGUGCAAUAUUCCUUGCGUGCUUCGUGUUGUGCAAAGAAAGAAGGAAAAUUACGGGAAAUACUUUUGGAUGUGCUAUUCGAACGCGAUACCCGACAAAGAUGGGUGUUCUUUCUUUCAAUGGGCUGAAUUUGACGACGAGGGAAUUCCGUUGCCGGGGACGAAGGCGUCGAUGGCGACGACGACGGCGACGACGACGACGACGACGACAACGGUCCCUUGACAAAACCUGGUCUAACGAGGACUUAAACACCAUGAUAUCACUGUAGGUAGAGACUGGCAUCUGGCCAAGUCUCCUUU